AAUAAUCUUUCAUUCCCCUUAAUCAAGUUAAAUAUUAUGUCAUAAAUGUGAACGAAUAUAUGUUUGUCAUAUCAAUCGUUAUCAUAUAUGAAAUGUUUAAAAAGAAUGUGACGAAAGUAAAUUAUUUGCUGAUAAAGUAUGCUAUUUUUGGUACGUAAUUGCUGUGAAGAAUUUGGCAAUCCAUAUCUGCAAAAGGAAACUCGGUCAGAUCGUAUCGUAUUUCUCUUCAGCAAAGGUGGAGGAUGUCGUUGAAGAAGGAGACACCCUCUGACCAGCUUCUCCACCUGGCGUCAUUGCAGGGGAAUUUGGAGCAGCUGAGGAAAGUAUUGGACAGCGGCAGAGUUCAUGUAGACUGCAAAGAUAAGGAGGGGACAACUCCCCUUAUCUUAGCCUCUGCUAACAAUCACCUGGACUGUGUUAAAGAACUCCUAAAACAAGGGGCUGACCCUGGAGCAAGGAGAUUGACUGGUACAUGUGCAUUGUUCUUUGCUGCUCAAGGAGGCUAUUUAGACAUAGUGAAGGAACUGCUGGAGAAUGGGGCACCUGUUGACCUGCCCAGCUAUGAUGGAGGUACACCUUUGUUUGUGGCCUGUCAGUGUAACCACUUAGAUGUGGCUGAGGAACUGAUAGCACGCGGAGCAGACAUUCAGGCAGAGAUGAUAGAUGGAGCCACUUCACUGUUCAUAGCAGCACAGAAUGGACAUUUGAAAAUGGUGAAAUUCCUACUCUCCAAGGGAGCAAAAGCCAAUGCAAGGAGAAAGGAUGGCGCCAGUGCUCUGUGGAUAGCCUGUCAGAUGGGGCAUGUCACAGUUGUGAAGGAACUCAUUGAUGCUGGUGCAGAGAUUGACUGUGUUAGAGAAGAUGGAGCCACCCCAUUAUUUAAGGCAUCCCACAAAGGUCACCUGGAGGUGGUGAAAGAACUGCUGAAAUGUAAACCUAACUUGGGAGUGAUAAAGAAUGGAGAGAGCGCACUUCAUGCGGCAGCUUUGUUUGGGCAGUUAAAAAUAGUGAAGGAACUCAUUCAAGCAGGAGCAAAACUGGAUCUAAAAAACAACGAUGGCCAGGUGCCGACAGACUUGGCCAGAGAGGCUGGUUAUGUGAAUGUUGUGGAAUACCUAGAAAAACUGGCAGAGAUCACCCCCACCUCCACCCCCACCAGCGCCGGUCCCACCGACACCGUCACCAUCACCACAGAGAAGACAGCAGCAUGAAUGGUGACACCUGGUGCACAGAGAGAGAACUACAGACCAGAGCUUAUAGAACAGUUUGCUGGCAGCUGGCUGUAGUGCUUGUAUUCACUGCCAUACUACUGACUUCUGCUAGGAGCACAAACACCAAAGUAUAUGCAGCUGACAAAUCAACUAGAACUAUUUGAAGGACAAGAUUUGACAAAAACUUCCAAAUAUUUAUAAGUUGCAAGAGAUAAGUCAGGUUGAACAAGGAUGAGGUUUUGGCAAAAUCUCCCAGCAUUUACAAUAAGUUUCUUGGCAAAAUGUUCCAAAAUUUACAAGUGGCAGAAGACAGAUCCCAUGUUGCCAAUACCAAAGUAAUUGUUUUUAUACAGUUAUAAUUGUCCCUAUUGACAGUUAUGUGGUCCCUGGUAAGCAGCAGCCACUAUGAGAUUUGCUUGUAUGAAUCAGUUAACUUUCCAGUACAUAGGAUGGCAUGGCCUACUUAGCAAUGUGAUCUGGUAUAGCUGGUUAAGAUAACAGGAAACUUCUAUACAUAUUGCUGUUGACUGUUCAUUUUAUUGUGAAGUGCACUGAGAAGUCUGAUAGCACAGCAUUGCUUUGAAUUUGUUUUAUGAUAUUGGAUAUGUUCCAGCUAGCUCAGUGGAUUGACGUAUAUUCAGACUGUUUCAGUGCUGUAGGCAAAUCAUGUGACAAAUCAUUGUCACCAGAGCAGUUGUCAUGGUGAUUGAACUGCUUCAUGUAUAUUACUUCCUGAUUGUUUGUUAAUGAUUAGUGAUGUAAAAACUUAGCAUAUCAAGGAUUAGUUGACAGUCUCCUAGGAUCACCAUCUCCAAAUAGUCCUCAAUUUCCAUAUACCUCUAAACGAACCAUAAGUAAUUGCCAAAGACCAUUUAUUUUCAUAUAUGUUGAUAACUUAUUUAUUUGAUGGUGGUAGAGUGGGGAUGGGGGGGGGGGCUAUUAGAAAGCACAAAAUCCAUGGAAUUAAGUCUCGUUUUGAAUAGUUUAUGCCGACUUGUGCGGCAGUGCUUCCUGUGUGACUAACUAAAUAUAGAAACAAAGUCCUGCCACUGCUCAAAAUACUCUCUGCAGCCUCCAUACUAAUGUGAAGUAUUGGCGUCUCCUCACUUCCCUGUUUUCUAGAGAUUGGCUGGAUGGGAUGUCAUUGUAAAAAUUCUAUGUAUUUAUUGUUAAACUUGAGCAUGAUAGACGUUCAGCUGAACAUUUCAUAUCCUACUGCUUGUAAACAUUUUAUCUAGUCUGCCGUCUGUAGCAUGUAUGUAAUUUAUGAAUCUCUAUUUUAAAGUGUGCAAUAGUAAACGUAUUAACAGAUGUAUUAUGAUGGCUUGAAGUUGAGAAUAGGCUCAUUGUAUGCAGUGAGGUUCUUGCCACGCUUUUUCCAACGUGUACUAUGCAUGGCGAUUACACUCGAAGACGUCUUUUUUUUACAUAUACAGGUGAGAAAGCCAAGUGUUCGAUAGAGUGCAGUCGUGGCUGAUGUAUCAUUUUUGGGUGGAUAGUUUGUUAGUGCGUACGUUAUUUAAAAUGUUGUAUAUUGUGGUGACAGGUAGGGGUUAGCGCAGAUAAAAAUAUUAAAGACUGGUACAUGUACUUAACCAGUUGGUACCUCUCAUACAGUUGUAUAUUGGCACCAACAUCGGGAAACGCAGGACCCUUUAAACGGGUGUGUGCAUUGCAAAUAUUUUGUAAGUUUCUAGGCUUUUUAUUACGUGAUAUAGCAUUUUGUUGCCGUUUUUGUUCUAUUUUAUUGUGACUGGCGUCAUAUUUGACCAGUUCAUUUUUUAACGAAAAGUAAAAUAAAGUGUUCGUCUUUUGCAAAACCAAGUGUU